AUGUCUCUAAAGUCAGCUAAAGCCAUGUGGGAUUAUCUCAAAGAAGAAUAUGAUGAAAAUAAUCAAAUUAAAAGCAUGAAGGUGUCGAAUCUCAUUAGAGACUUUGAAUUGCAAAAGAUGAAGGAAUCUGAAACUAUGAAAGAGUACUUUAUGAGGCUUCUGAACAUAGCAAACAUAGUAAGAUUGCUUGGUUUUGAAUUUAAGGACUCUCGUAUUGUUGAAAAAAUUCUAGUUACAGUACCUGAAAGAUUUGGAGCUACCAUAACCACGUUAGAAAACACUAAGGAUUUUUCCAAGAUCACUUUGACAGAGUUACUGAAUUUCUUGCAGGCACAAGAGCAACGAAGGGCUAUGAGAGAAGAAGGAUUUAUUGAGGAAGCCUUGCUUGCUAAACAUGAAGACAUUUGGAAAAAAAAAAAACCAACAACCAAAUAG